AUGAAAGGAUUCAAAUCAGCGCCGACGUCUCUGUGUCAGCAAACAAGAUCACCAUGUAAAAUUGUUGAGAUUGAGAACGGGUGGCCAGAUUUUAUGAUGUGUGAUAAUGACAAUGUUUUUGCCGACAACUGCCCUACUGCCAUUGAAACCAAAUUCAAUGAAUCUGAAUGUGAAAAACCUCUCAUGGAAACGUCUAAUCCUUCAUCGUGGUAUGAAGGAGUGGAGGGAUGUGGACUGCAAUGCAUGAACCCACUCUUCGAUCAAGCAGAACAUGACGACAUGCAUGUUUUUAUUGCAGUAUGGGCCUCUAUUACAGCUGUUUGCACAUUAUUUGCAAUGCUUUCCUUCUUUAUCGAUUGGAAAAAUUCCAGCAGAUAUCCAGCUCGAAUUAUUUUCUACAUAAAUGUUUGUUUUUUCCUCUGUACAUUUGGAUGGUUGGCUCAAUUUUUUCAAGAUUCAAGGAAUGAAAUUGUUUGCAGAAAAGAUGGAACUGUCAGACUUGGAGAACCUGUUGGGCACGAUGAGUCUCCUUCUUGUGUGAUCAUAUUUACGUUCGUUUAUUUUUUUGUUAUGGCUGGCGUUGCAUGGUUUGUUGUGUUGUCAUAUUCAUGGAAAGCCAUGUUUCAGGCUCUAGGAAAAUCUAGUGAACCUCUUAAAGGAAAGACUCUUCAUUUCCACUUGUUUGCAUGGUCGAUAGCUUUUGCUCUGUUAAUUGCGUCCUUGUCAGUAUCGCAAAUUGAUGGUGAUUCUAUGAGUGGAAUUUGUUUUAUUGGAUACAACAAUCAUUGGUAUCGCAUGGGAUUUCUUCUGAUACCUAUUGGACUGAUGUUAUUUGCUGGUGGCUUUUAUUUAUUUGGUGGACUCGGUUGCUUACUCAGCCUAAAGACAGGACAUGAUGGUCUUCUGAGUGAAAGUGCUAUUUCCAAGAUAACAUGGACAAUGAUUAGAAUAGGUCUCUUUGCAUUGGUUGCAUUUAUUUUUGUGUUUGUGACUUUUGCAUCACAUGUCUACGAAAUCGUCAACCAACCUCUGUGGGAUAGAAGCUUUCGUGAUUUCAUUAGAUGUGAUGCAAAUAUUACAAUUUUGGAAAAACUGAGAGUGGAAAUUGAUGAUCCUGCUGCACCUGAAGCAGGGGGAUGCAAAAUUAAAAACCGUCCCAAUAUUGCAGUCAUGAAGCUUCACUUAUUUGCAAUGUUCGGAACUGGAAUAGUAAUGAGUACUUGGGUUUGGACGAAAGCAUCUUUCAUGAAUUGGAGAAGAGCCUGGUUCAAGUUAAUUGGACGUAGUGAUAAUGAAAUGAAGAGAAUUCGUCGCAGAAGCAGGAUCAUUGCCAAAGCAUUUGCCAAUCGACAUAUUUUGGGCCGGGGAAAGCGUAGAGAUGCAGGGGAAGAAAAUGAGGGUACUGAUAAUGGUGGAUUCAACCCAGAAGAUCUUGAAUUCAGUGAACACACAAUCACACAUCAGGAUCCUGUCGGGAUGGACUUUGACUUGAAUAGUGUAUCUCAGGAAUUGUCUUCAAAUUGGGUGCGGAACGUUCCUAAAAUGGUUCGUCGUCGUGGUGCUAUUAUGCCUGCACCUGUGUCAUCUAAUCCCUCUACUCCAGUACCUACUGCUCCACUUGAUGUCAACCAUGCCCAAAUAUUAUGGUCUGCCAGAGCCUCAAAGGAUAACAAACCUGCUACACCUUUGAGAAAACUUCCUCCAAUUAAAACUAGAAGAGGAGCAAUGGUACCACCCCCACCAAUGAGUGCCGAACCUACAAGAACAUCCACCCACAAUGUUGAGUUUCAUCAACCUCAAAUGCAUGAACAAACCAUACCAGGUUUAGUUGGAGGUGAUAUUUAUCAAGAUGAGUCAAUGAAUUUUUCAUUUGCUGCUCCUGUCAUGUCCCACAUGCCGUUCUCAAUUAUUGAUAGUAACUCAACAAUAGCAGCUUCUAAUGCUAACACUCUCGAAGCAAGCCAUGACGUUCAUGACACAUCGUUGUCUAGAGUCUCUAGACCUUAUAAUCUACGAUCCAGUACAAAAAAUAAGACGAACCAGUCCAAAUCUACAACAUCCUCAAAAAGAUCAAGUGGAAGACGCAGUAGCAUGAUCAAAAUGACACCAACAACAACAACUGUGAUGCGUCAAGCAUGGUAGAAAAACAGGUGCUUUCAAUAGUUUGUUUAUGUUAUCCAAUUGGUAGUAUUCAUGUCAUGUAUAGUGAAAGUGUCACUGAAUUUGUCAAUAUACUCAAAGGGGUUUGCAUUGGUACAAAUGUAAUUUACAUAUGACUUGAUAUUUGCUCCUUCAGUGAAAAUAUAUUUGAUUUAGCACGCAACAUUUGAAUUUCAUGAUGCACAAUAUUUUAUAAUAUAGAUUGAAAUAUUAACUUUUCUGUAAUUUCAAUUUGCUACAAAUUUUACACAUAAUUUAAAAUAAUAGCUUCUCAGUAGAUUUCACUAAAACAAAAUUCCAUUUUUUUCAAUAAGUUGAAUCCUGGAUAUUGCCAUUUUUAUUAUGGAUAUAAACCAUUAAAUGUUAAUGUUCUAUACAUUUUGUAUACUUGUAAAUGUUCCUCAUAAUUUUGCAUGGUUGUAUUAUUUUUAUUUUCUUUAUGCACAUUUUGGUAUGAAGCAUCAAAGCAGUAUCCUAUUUUUCUUUUCUAAGAAGCCAAUCAUUGUCCGUCCAUCCUGCCUAUUUGCAGUAUAUUUAUUAACUAUCAACUGAUAAUAAUUGUGGCUCCAUUAACACACAACACACAGACCUUAUCGUGCCAAUGACCGUUGUCUUGUUUUGUAGAAUCUGACAAUAUUUCUACCAUGCACAAACUUUUUUAUUAUUUUGUUUGUUUAUGAUCAUAAGAGGUUACAGGCCAAGGUACGAAUUGUGUUUUUCUAUUUGCUGUUCAUGUAUUGCUAUUUCCUUACCUACAUUCAUAUAUAUGACUUUUAUAUCAAGUCCAGACUAACUUGAAAUAAUCUCUCAUUUUGUUUCUGAAGCGUUUCAUACUUUUUUGCCAAAAUCAUUUCAGAAGUAUCUGUAAAUUUAUUUUUCUUUUUUAUGCCACCAAUUAUUGUUAUUACAUUUUAACAAUCGGUCCAAUGCCAUGUAGGGAAACAAUUUUUUUUUUUCAAUGCCAUCGUUUAUCAAAAAAUUUUGAUAUUUUCUGUGGAUCUAUACAAGAUCAUUUUAAAUUAGUCUGGUUCUUUGUGAGUUUGCCAAUGCACAUUUUGCCUCGUUUGUCAUUAAUAAUAUUGCAAAAAAUAAUAGGUGCCUUAGUAUUACUACUUUAUUAUAAAAUGUUUUGUAUUCCUUGACCAAUUUUUACUACCGUCCUAUCAUCUUGUACAUACUUUUUUAUAUAAAUGAUAAUGCUUCAUUCAAUUUCUGGCCAUGUCCAAAAGUUUCUGUUCCUAUUGAAUAUCAUUAUUAGCACCAUUGGCUAAGUUUUGAAAUCAUGUAAUUUGCCUUGUAUUGAUUUUUUAAUCUAGCUUUUGUACAGAAGUGCUGCUCCAUUUUGUUGCUUGCUCUAUGUUAAUUGUAUGUUACUCAUUCAGACUUGAGUCCAAACACUUGAAUCAUGCAAAAUAGCACAGAUAGCAGCGGUUACCAUGACCAACAGAUAACUGCUCAAAUGCUAGCAUCAAUCAACUCACUGAGUAAUCUAACAGUAGUUAGAUAUUUUCAAAAGAUUGUACUGAUCUAUAGCUCCGCAAUUUAUUAGCUAAUUGGCUUCAAUUAAUCUAUGAAAGAUGCACAGUAUAUAUUCAUGUUGGUGUAAUCAUUGUUCUUAGCUUAUGCCUGAAUUUUCAUGACCAAUAAAUAAAUGUGAGCAAGUAA